AUGGCUGAGACUGAGAUCCAAUACCAACGCCACAAUUAUCCGCAACACCAAACUCGCUGCACCACAAUCAAGGCCGCCACCGCCGUCACCGCCGGCGGCUCCCUCUUGAUACUCGCCGGAUUAAUCCUCGCCGGCACAAUCAUUUCCCUCACCAUUGUCACGCCACUGUUCGUUAUUUUCAGUCCGGUUCUCGUCCCCGCUGUUAUAAGCGUCUCGCUCCUGAGCCUUGGGUUCUUGGCCUCUGGCGGAUUCGGUGUGGCAGCGAUCACCGUGUUAGCGUGGAUCUACAGGUACGUCACUGGCAAGCAUCCACCUGGCGCUGAUCAAUUGGACACCGUGCGUCAAAAGCUCCUCAACAAGGCGCGCGAGAUCAAGGAAUACGGUCACCAGCAAAUCACUGGAGCACAGGCUUCUUAA